ACCGAUAACCUAUUAAGUUCCUUAAAUGAUGUUCAGCGCGAAGCAGUCCAACACACCGAAGGACCGCUCCUCAUUUUAUCCGGUGCAGGCAGUGGAAAAACGCGCGUCAUCACACACCGUAUCGCCUACCUAAUCGAACAUCACGAUGUCUCUCCCUACCGUAUCCUCGCUGUGACUUUUACGAACAAAGCGGCAAAGGAGAUGAAGUUACGGUUGGAUGCGCUCGUGGAAGGCAGUGUUAGCCGAGACCUCUGGGUGUCAACCUUCCACGCGACCUGUGCUCGCAUACUCCGCCGAGAUAUUGAGAAGUACGCCUACACCCGCGGCUUUACCAUCUUCGAUACAGGUGAGCAAACCACGCUUGUCAAAGAUGUACUCCGGCAGCUUAACUAUAAUGAUAAGCAGUACAACCCGCGCGCGAUCCUCAGCCACAUCAGUCGUGCAAAAAACGAGUCUAUAUCACCGGAGACAUACCAGAAUAUCGCAGAGGGCUACUUUGAGAGAAUCGUUGCAGAAGUCUAUGCCCUUUAUCAAGAUGCCUUGCGUGUGAACAACUCCCUUGAUUUCGAUGAUCUGUUGCUUUUCACAGUGCAACUCCUGAAUGAAAAUCCCGAAGUCCGCCAAUUUUAUCAGAACAAAUUCGAAUAUCUCCUCGUUGAUGAGUAUCAGGAUACAAAUCGAUGUCAGUAUGAGUUGGUGAACGUAUUGGCGGGUACGAAGCAGAAUAUCUGUGUCGUCGGUGACGAUGACCAGUCCAUUUAUGCUUUCCGUGGUGCGGACAUCAGAAAUAUCCUCGAUUUUGAGAAAGAUUACCCGAACACACGUGUCCUCCGUUUGGAGCAGAACUAUCGUUCCACCCAAAACAUUUUAGAUGCCGCGUGGGGGGUUGUGCACAACAAUAGCGCGCGGAAAGCGAAGAAACUCUGGACAAAAAAUGACAUUGGUGAACUUGUUACCUGCUACGAGGCGAUGGACGAAAACGACGAGGCGGGUUAUGUCGGUACGCAAAUUCAGGAUUGGCAUGCCGAAGACGUAGAUUACAAAGACUUUGCUGUCUUUUACCGAACCAAUGCCCAAUCCCGAAUCUUUGAGGAGGCAUUCCGCGCUGCAAACAUCCCGUAUCAGAUUGUUGGCGGUGUCGGUUUCUAUGAUCGGAUGGAAAUCAAAGACCUUCUUGCCUAUCUUCGGGUCGUGUGUAAUCCCAACGACUCUAUGAGUGUGCGGCGUAUCAUCAACGUGCCAAGUCGAGGCAUCGGUGCUACAACGCUUGACCGACUCAUCAAUUUUGCCGCACAUGAAGGGAUUCCUCUCUUUGAGGCUGUUCAGCGUGUUGAUGAAAUCACGACGAUUAACCGCGGUCUCCAAGCGAAAGUGCGACGUUUUACCAAAAUUUUUGAUGAUUUCGAUGCAUCUAUGCUACCUGCUGAUGCACUUGACUAUGUUUUAAAGAUAACCGGUUACCUUAAAAAUUUAGAGGCUCAGAAUACGAUUGAAGCGCAGAACCGCGUUGAAAACAUUGAGGAAUUGAUUAACGCCGUUAUCGAAUAUGAACAGAACGUCCCCGAACCGACCCUUUCAGAUUACUUGGAGAACGUGGCUCUCAUUGCUGAUAUAGAUACUAUGGAGACCGACACUACCGAUAUGGUGACGUUAAUGACUUUGCACAGUGCCAAGGGAUUAGAAUUCCCAUUUGUUUUCAUCGUCGGUAUGGAAGAGGGGUAUCUGCCGCAUGGACGUUCCCUUGAUACGCAGGCAGAAUUGGAGGAAGAACGCCGACUCUGUUACGUCGGAAUCACGCGAGCCAUGGAGCGGUUAUAUCUCUUGCAUGCCAGUUCGCGGAGAACAUUUCGAGAGACAGAAUAUCGCAUUCAAUCUCGUUUUAUUUCCGAAAUUCCGGAGCAUCUCAUCAAGCACGUUGAUCGAUACCGUUCUCCAUUUCGACAAUCAGAGAGCCUGUAUGAGGUCGUUUCUGAGGAUGCCGUGGAUUACUACGUCGAUCAGAUUGUGCAUCAUCCGCAAUUCGGGAGAGGUAAGAUAACAAAGAUCAGUGGAGCAGGGCAGGGGGUCUAUGUCACCGUUCGUUUUGAUCGUGCUGGGACAAAGCAACUCGCUGCUUCAGUUACAUCACUGCAAACAGUGUCUGAUGAAUAA